AGGGCUAAUCUUCCUCCAAAAAAAAAUAUAUUGCUUUGCUAGUUCUUCCACAAACACACAGGGACAAUGCAACACAUAGAACAGUGCUCAAAACAUAGUGGCACUCAAUAAAGGUGUGCUGAAUUAGUUAAAGUUAAUUAAUCUAUGUUUUACAUCACCUCCUUUACUCUAAACCAGUAAGUCUGAGGUGCCAGUGUGAGGCUCCAUCUGUUUUCCAGCACAUCCACGAUUUCCUUACUCGCACUAGUCAACGUCUGACCGGGAGGAACUGGGCGGGAGAAGGAGCUGCUGGAUGGUGGCUUGCCUAGAGAGAGAGGAAGGGAAGAGAAACGUCCACCUGCUACAACCUGACAAGUACCCACGGUGAUUUGAUAAGACAGGUUGGAACACACUGCUCUGACAUCGCUUAUCCUUCUGGGUCUGGACAGGAGCAGGCCAUGGUCAACCAAAGCUCCCCAGUGGGCUUCCUCCUUCUGGGCUUCUCUGAAUACCCAGGACUUGAAAGAAUCCUCUUCAUCAUUGUCUUAACUUCCUACCUCCUGUCUCUGGUGGGCAACACACUCAUCAUCCUGCUGUCUGUGCUGGACCCCAGGCUCCACUCUCCUAUGUACUUUUUCCUCUCCAACCUCUCCUUCUUGGACCUCUGCUUCACCACAAGUUGUGUCCCCCAGAUGCUGGUCAAUCUCUGGGGCCCAAAGAAGACCAUCAGCUUCCUUGGCUGCUCUGUCCAGCUCUUCACCUUUCUGUUCCUGGGGACCACUGAGUGCAUCCUCCUGACAGUGAUGGCCUUUGACCGCUACGUGGCUGUCUGCCAGCCCCUCCACUAUGCGACCGUCAUCCACCCCCGCCUAUGCUGGCAGCUGGCAGCUGUGGCCUGGGUCAUUGGGUUGGUGGAGUCAGUGAUCCAGACACCACCCACCCUCCGCCUGCCCUUCUGCCCCCACCAGCAGGUGGAUGAUUUUCUGUGUGAGGUCCCAGCUUUAAUUAGACUCUUCUGUGGGGACACCACAUACAAUGAGAUCCAGAUGGCUGUUGCCAGUGUAUUCAUCUUGGUUGUGCCCCUCAGCCUCAUCCUUGCUUCUUACAGUGCUAUUGCGCAGGCAGUGCUGAGGAUUAACUCUGCCAUAGCAUGGAGAAAGGCUUUGGGGACCUGCUCCUCCCAUCUCAUUGUGGUCACUCUUUUCUACAGCUCAGCCAUUGUUGUCUACCUCCAGCCCAAAGAUCCGUAUGCUCAGAAGAGGGGCAAAUUCUUUGGUCUCUUCUAUGCAGUGGGCACUCCUUCACUUAACCCUCUCAUAUACACCCUGAGGAACAAGGAAGUCAAGAGGGCGUUCAGGAGGUUGCUGGGGAAGGACGGGGUCUCCAGGGAGAGCCGAGGGAGAGCUGCUUGAUGUGCUUUCACACCGACAGGAGAUUCUUCGUGCUUUUGUCAGGAAGUUUGUGUUCCCCACACUCUUGCCCUUCCACAUCCGUCAAGCCACAGUAAUUGGUGAUAGCCACGUGUGUGUGCAUAUGUGUGAGUGUGUGUACGCACGUGUAAGAGACAGAAGCUGAAAAUGUGGUAAGAGGAGGCACGUAUCUCCAUAUGAAACCUUAUACGAAUCAAAUUUAAUAUUUUCUCUUUUCUCUAUUUCAUUAUUAACAGUCUUCGCCUCCAUGAGGUCCCUAAUUUUAUCAUUUCCAUUUUUAAUUCAUCUUCCUGGUCAUACAUCAUUAUUUCUUCACCUCCAUUUCUAAUUCCUACCAUAUCUUCUUUGCUUCUCCCUCAAGUUUUUUCCAUUUCCUUAUGUGUCUGUUUUGCAUGCUUAUUCUAUUUUACCCCCCAAAUGACAGCAAGGGAGAGGGGAAGCUGAAACCCAGGUAGGUUCAGAAACUCACCCAAGAACCCACAGUAUUAGAACUAAAAUCCAGGCCCCCCUGCUUUCAGUCAACCUCUCAAAUACAUACUGUUGCUUUUAUACUGUAAUCAAACAUCCGAGUGUCUUCAGGCUGGAAGCCAGAACAGAGCCUUAGGGAGAAAGCUUAACUUUCCAGUCCUAGUAUUUCUUGUUUUACAGCGCCUGCAAAUCACAGGCAAACAGCUCAGAGCGGAAACAUCUUAAUGUUUAGGCUGGCAGGACAAU